AUGCUAGGGUAUGGCAACGACGAACAUGCCAGGCCUGGUGAUUUCAACUCUGCUCCUUACGGUGGCAAUGACUAUGACCGCGCGUCUGCUGCCGACGGACAGGACGAUAACAGAUGUCGCAACUGUGGGGCCGAUGACCACUUCGCCCGCAUGUGUCCUGAGCCUAAGAAGUCUAUGGGUGCUUGCUUCAACUGCGGCGAGGAAGGACACUCGAAGGCCGACUGCACUAAGCCCCGUGUCUUCAAGGGUACCUGUCGUGUCUGCAACCAGGAAGGACAUCCUGCUGCCGAGUGUCCUGAAAGACCUGCUGAUGUUUGUAGAAACUGCAAGAUGGAAGGUCAUCGUGCCCUCGAUUGCAAGGAGAAUCGCAAGUUCGAUUUAAAUGAUGUCCCUGAUAUGCUCCCUGAGGACGCCUGGAACCUUCUGCAAAAGGCCAGUGAUGAGAAAGACCUGGAGGAUUUCCGCACCGGCAUCAAGAUCUUUUCGAAGGCAGUUCCCGAGGCCACUUUCGUCGAUAUCGAGAAGAGAAUGCGUGAGGAAAACCUCAAGUUCUACAUCAUCGCACUGGAAAGGGAAGCGAACAGCUGUAUCAGCUUCAUCAAUCUCCAAGGCAAGCUAGACUGUACAUACGUGAUUGGAUACUUCUUCAGCCCCAAGCCACAGCGUGCGCAUCUUAGAGAGCGUUGGCCAUCUAGCGACGACGAGAAUCUUGAGCGCCUCGAGGAUGCUGGCUUGCCUUAUGAUCGUCAAGUCCCUAAGUGCGGCAAUUGUGGUGAAAUGGGCCAUACUGCCCGUGGCUGCACGCAGGAACGAGCCGAAAUUGAGCGUGUCGAAGUGAAAUGUGUCAGUUGCAGUGCCGUCGGUCAUCGCGCUCGCGACUGCACUGAGCCUCGUCGUGACAAGUUUGCCUGUCGUAACUGCGGUUCUCCUGAGCACAAAGCUGCUGAAUGUCCCAACCCUCGCUCAGCGGAGGGUGUGGAGUGCAAGCGUUGCAACGAAGUCGGACAUUUUGCAAAGGACUGCCCUCAGAAACCUGAGCCCAGAACCUGUCGCAACUGCGGAUCCGAGGACCAUAUUGCGCGCGACUGCGAUAAACCCCGUGAUGUAUCUACCGUCACCUGCCGUAACUGUGAUGAGGUUGGUCACUUUAGUCGUGACUGCACUAAGAAGCGCGAUUACUCACGAGUCCAAUGCCGCAACUGUGGAGAGAUGGGCCACACUAUCAGACGUUGCCCCAAGGCCCCCGCCGAAGAGUCGUUUGAGGAACCCACUGACAAAAAUGACUCAACCGAGCCCGAACCCUGGAUCUCUGGAGCUGGGGACAAUGAAGAUACGCCCGCUUUUGAGGAGGAAAACAAUGACGAAUGGAAUAAUGGUGGUGGCGGUGGUGGCGCAGCUUGGUAA